UCGAGCCAACAUCGGCACGACGCGUGUAUAUUGUGUGUAUCAGCUGAGAAAAAAGCAGAUUAGUUUUAACCGUCUGUUGCUGACAAACCAAUUCGAGAUUCGCGCUUUCCUUGCUGCCGAUCGGCAACCACUGUGUUUUUGUUACUGCUGCGCUGCUUGACUGCUUAGGUUUGUUUACAUGCGAGCGUGGAAUUCGAAGGUGCCUGUUGCUUAUCCAUACUGAGGCUGCAUUAAUUAUCUGAUGGAAAUCGCUGAUGAUUUUUGUAGUUUUUCACGAAGAUGGAGAAAUUUCAUGGAAAUAAGAGAAAUAUUUCUACGAUUAUACCUAAGAGAACCUAUUCCAUCAACAGAAUUCAUUACAGUAAAAGAGGAAAUAAUUGAUAUCUCUGAUGACGAUGAAAAAAAAGUACACAUCAUUGAAAAUGAAAAAGAUGGCGAGUUACAUUUACCAGGUACUUCCCAUUUUCAAGAAAAGAAUCCACUUGAAUUAGUUACUAGUUUCCCAAAUUUAGCGACAACUAGAAAAAUACAUAACAAAUAUCAUUUGCAUACUCGCAUGGAGCUGUAUUGUCCAAUGUGUACACGAGUAUAUGCCAAAAUUUACGGCCAAAGACAAACACACUGUCCGAAUUGCAACGAGUGGCUUUAUUCUCAGUGUAUGAAAUGUAAACGUCGUUAUCGUCAAUACAAUGACAUAACAAUGCACCUAAAAUAUGUUUGCGGCAAAGAAAAACGUUUCACUUGUCAAUUAUGCCUCUAUAAAACCGCGCGUUCAGAUCGCAUGAAUGACCAUAUGAAAGCUUUACACGCUGAGAGCUUGCCAGAAUCCGAUUUUAAAUGCGAAAAGUGUGACAAGACGUUUAAGCUCAAGCGAUACUUGUCGGAGCACAUGGCGCGCGAAUGUGGCAGUUUACAAUUCAAAUGCAAUUACUGCGACUUCAAAAGCAAGUACCGCAAGUCAUUAACAAACCACGUAAAGAACCGACAUGAAAGGGACGACAGCGUAUCGUUCGACUGCCAAAAAUGUGGAAAGAUUUAUCGUACUAAGGGUGCACUUAAGAAACACGUGGAUACGAUUUGCGGCAAGGCACCGACACUUCAAUGCGAACAUUGCGAGUACAAGACUUAUCAUAAGUAUCCGUUGUUGGCGAUACACAUGCAAAGACAACAUCCAGCUGUAUACGGAAAAAAUGAUUUCGUUUGCAGGUAUUGCAAGACUAAUUAUCACUGCAUGUACAUACUCAAUCGACACUUAAAGGAUGCGCCGAUUUGCGCACUCAAGGAAAAUAUGAGAAUAAAAGCUGCUGAAAAGAAGAAGAAAAAGAAGACGAAGUUCUAAAAUUAUCAUUAUUUUUUUGAAUAAGAAUAACUGUACCAAUUAUUUAUUUUACA